CACGUAAGUGUUGUGAAUGAAGUUAAACUCUCUUACUUUUUUGAUAUUUUUGCAAAUAAUCUAAAUGUGUUAAUCUGUUAAAAAAAAAAGCUUGAAAAUUUAAAUCUGCCGAUAAAGAAACGUGUUAAUUUAUGGUAGGACGUGCAACAACAGUGCUCUAGGCGCAUUUCGUACGCAUAUAAACGAAGUGAAUCAAGCGCGUAAUCCCAUAAAAGCCUAUCGCGCAACCAUCAAACAGUCAACAGGUCUGCAAAUUUGACACAUCAAACAGAUUCGGAGUGUUGUGCUCGAAAUCACACGCUUACACGUGUCCCCACUUACUCGAUAUGGGAAUCGGACCGCCCACCCCGGUGUUGCUUUAAUAGUGACGUCACGUCGCUGUAUAUCCCUGUAUAUAAACUGUGUUCACGUUUGGCACCAAGCAUGAAGGUCAUAAAAUGGGCAAAAGUCGAAAGAGAAAAGCUCUAGUCGAAAAGAAAAGAAGAGAUAAAAUCAAUCAAAUUUUAGAACAGUUAAUCGACUUAGUGCCACUUCCAUAUCCUAAAGGGGAGGUUCAGAUGUAUAUGGAUAAAGCUGGUCUCUUGCAAGUUACCGUUGAAUAUGUUCGAAGGCUGCACUUGAUACGUUCUCCAGCUUGGAUCAAUUAUCAAAAUGGAUAUUGGGACUGUGCUCAAGAAGCAAAACGAUACAUUCUAUCAUNUUACUUAGCCAAAAAUAUUUUCUUUGUAUUUUUUUUUAAAUAA